GUCCUGUCAGCGGAAGAAGACGUCAUCCUACAGGACAGACUGAAUAACUGUCAUGUCGUGGAUUCGAGAGACGGAACUUAGACUUCUUGAAAGGCUUACUGCCAACAUCCUAAAGGCAGGGCCCAUGCCCAAACAUGUGGCCUUCAUUAUGGAUGGUAACCGACGUUACGCUCAAAAGAGGCACGUGGAGAGGCAGGAGGGUCACACUCAGGGCUUUGACAAACUGGCAGAGACGCUUCGCUGGUGCCUAAACCUGGGCAUCCAUGAGGUCACUGUUUACGCGUUCAGCAUUGAGAACUUCAAGCGUUCCAGAGAGGAGGUGGAUGGUCUGAUUGAGCUGGCCAGACAAAAGUUCAGCCGGCUGUUGACGGAGCAAGAGAAUCUUGAGAAGCACGGUGUGUGUAUUCGGGUGCUGGGAGAUCUGACUCUGCUGCCAGAAGACCUGCAGCAAAUUAUUGCCAAAGCUGUCGUGUCUACUAGAGCACACAAUAAGUGUUUUCUGAAUGUGUGUUUUGCGUACACGUCGAGACAUGAAAUAGCAAAUGCUGUCAAGGAAAUGGCAUGGGGAGUAGAGCAGGGCUUGAUAAAAUCCAGUGAUGUGUCCGAAGCGCUCCUCAGUCAGUGUCUGUACAGCAGUAACUCCCCGAACCCCGAUCUGCUCAUCCGCACGUCUGGAGAAGUGCGCCUUAGUGACUUCCUGCUGUGGCAGACCUCAUAUUCCUGUCUGGCGUUCCAGUCUGUUCUGUGGCCGGAAUAUUCCUUCUGGAAUCUGUGUGAAGCCAUUCUACAGUACCAGCUGAGUUAUCGAUCUCUCCAGAAAGCUCAGGAGCUACACAAAGAAGGCCAAGUGCUACAGCAGAUGGAAGCAGAUCGCACCUGUGUGGCUGAACUCCUGCAGCAUCGUGGAAAUGGAAAACCUAUGGAUGCCCAGAGUCGACAGACAGCACUACUAAACUACACUGCCAGUAGAGAAGAGAGGGUUUGCUGCUUUCUGAACGCCCUUCAACACAAGAGAGACACUUUCCUCAAUGAUUUAAGCAGCCAGGCUGUCGUCGCUUAGCUUUGUAUUGACUAAUCUGUAAAUAAUUUAGAUAUGGAAAGAUGUUUCACCCCGUUUUAUGGGGCUCUGGUUACAUGUAUGUUUGUCUUGGAAAUAACCCCUCUAUCAAUGGAUUAGCAAUCUUCUAAUAAAUUAAUUUUGAUUGAUAGCAGGGGCUGCCUUUAUGAACUAGAAAUGCUAAAAAAAAUACAAUGAGUGAAAUCUGUUCAA